UUGCUCAAGGUAAACAAAUGGACGCGACGGCGAUUAACGGUUCAAACAUGAAAAAUGUGACCAAGCCGUACGGAUUCAAGCGAGGAAAAUGCCUGGACAGAAGAGAAAAUAUAAUGUACGGUUUCCUCCCAGUCGCAUCAAAAAAAUAAUGCAGAAGGACACAGAGGUGGGGAGGAUUGCGAUGGCGGUUCCGGUGAUCAUAUCUCGGGCGUUGGAGAUGUUCCUAAAGUCUCUACUCACCAAAACCUGUCUGAUAACUCAGUCAAAGUUCAGUAGUGUCAUAUCAGUCGCUCACAUGAAGCAGUGCAUUGAGUCAGAAAAGCUGUUCCAUUUCCUCACAGACCUGGUAGAGGGAGCCACGUCGAUGACAACCCAGAAAGACAAUCGAGGCAUGAGUAUGUGGCCUUUAUACAGGAACAAAAGGUUUGAAAUUCCUGUCAAAAACCCGUCAGAUGCAGGAGACAUGGCACCACGAAGGAGCCUCGCCUCACUUGAAAAUGACUCGAGCUCUAGCGAGUCGGAGCUGUUCAUCUGCUUGUAGCUGGAUGCUGACGACCGGUGGAGACGGCUGUAAACUCGCAACAAAGCAUCGUUUUCACGAACGUUCCUGUUCAUGUUUCUUUAAGAUUCGCUGCCAACAAGGUCAGGAAAUAAAUAAUAAGACAACAUAAAUUAUAAAAGACGAGGAAGUUAUUUUUGUUGUCAGGCUCUUUAUAAUUUGUUUUUGAACCAUUAAAGUUUUCACUGUAGAAAAUGUAAAUAUUACAUAAAUGAACUUGUUCUUUUGACAUGGAAGCUUUUUGUUUAACUUUAUUAGUUUGAAAUGUUAUGCAGCUGAACGAUGCUUCAGAUGGUAAAAUUCUGUUUUCCAUUUACCGUCUUUCAUUUUUGUUAGGGGAAAAAAAGAUCAUGUGACUUCCAACAAUCUUUAAAACCAACUGAGUGCUUAUUUUACCUAAUAGCAGCCUUUAUGGCUUCUAUUUUUAAAGCACUUGUAAAUUAAUGUUUUAAAGAGCAAACCUUUGCAAAUGAAAUGAUAAACUGUAAAUAAAUUGAUUUGUUUCAACCUGAUUGUAAAAUGUUGUGCAGAAGUUCAAUAAAGAGCAAAAAGCAAAAG